CAGAGCUACAAUGGGAGGUGCAGCAAGUCAUCCAGCACAAGGAGAUUCCAGGGUAGUUCAAACCAAAUAUGGCGCAGUUAUAGGUCGGCGAUUCAAAUUCAACGACAAGGAGGUAGAUGCCUUUCAAGGAAUUCCCUUUGCAAAACCUCCUCUAGGAGAACUGAGAUUCAAGAAAUCUGUUCCUCCUGAGCCUUGGGAAGGAGUGAAGGAGACAAAGGCAUUUGGACCACGAGGGAUACAGAAAGAAAGCUACUAUGACAGAAUAAAGUAUGGAAAAACAUCUGAAGAUAAUCUCUACCUCAACGUUUUUACCCCUGUCUGGGGGCCUGAGCUGCCUAAAGGAUUUUCUGUUCUGGUAUUUGUGCACGGAGGUGGAUUUGUGGGUGAUGGAGCAGUCAAAUAUGGAGAUUCAAACAUCUGCGAGCAUCUGUGCACAAAAGACGUUGUGGUCGUGACCAUUCAAUAUCGCCUUGGUUAUCUUGGCUUUUUCACGACCGGAGAUGCAGUUUGCCCUGGGAAUUUUGCUUUAUGGGACCAAACCAUGGCUCUGCAAUGGGUUCAGGACAACAUCUCGGCCUUUAAUGGAAAUCCAAACAGUGUCACUGUAAUGGGACAAUCGGCUGGUGGCGCCUCAGUGGAUAUAUUGAGCCUCUCUCCUCAUUCAAGAGAUCUAUUUCACCAAGUUAUACCGAUGGCAGGAAAUGCAAGUUGCUCAUGGGGAACCGACAAUGAUAUGGUUGAAAGAUGUCGAAAGUUCGCAGAAACUCAGGGGAUUCUUGACUUUUUCGAUAGCGAAGCGAUGAUCGCCAAACUUCGCCAGUUACCGGAGUCAAAGUUUGAGCUUUCAAUGCAUGAGAGUCUUGCGAAAUCCAACAGCACGGCACUCUGCGCCGUAGCACCACGCGUUGAUGGGGACUUCAUUCCGAAGCCCAUUCGGGAGCUGCGGAAAGAAGCUGUUGUGAAACCCAUGCUUAUCGGAUGCUGUGAUAUGGAAGGAAUUUUCAUGACUUUCGGCAGACACCCUUCGCUGAGCGGCUUGAUGGAGGAAAUCGCAAAAUUAGUGCCUGAAGAAGAUCAUCCUUCCAACUUCAAAAAACUACGACGAGGAAUCUUCCAAAAGGUGCUCAAAGAUGAAGACAUCACAAACCAGGAAGCAAUUGUGAGAGCUUACACUGAGAUAAUGGGCGACUUAUUCACCAACAUCGGUGUGCAACAGACUGUGCUCGAGACUCUGGAAGCACAUCACGCUCCCAUCUUCUUGUACUCAUUCAACUAUUUCAAUCCAAAGAGUUGGGGACCGUUGGGCAUGAAAAUGCUCUUCAAAGCUGCCACUCACUGUACGGAGCUGGGCUAUAUAUUCGGUGUUGGUAUCAUCUGGAAUUACGAUUUUAAUGACGAUGACAAGAAAAUGUUAGAACUAACAACAAAACUGUGGACAAAUUUUGUCAAAUAUGGCAAUCCAAAUGGGGUUGCCAAUGACGUCAUACUGUCAUCAAGUGAAAAAGCUUUGAGAUGGGAGCCAGCCACAAUCACAAAUCCUCAAAGACAUCUGUCGAUAUCACUGGAUUCGGAGAUGCGAGAAGAAUAUAAGAACUCAAGACCACUGCUCAUAGUUGAGACGAGGAUGAAAAGGAAUAUGCAAGUUUAUGCGUUGGAAUGAAGAAAAUUCCAAUGUUUGCACCUACUCGUCUACCUCUCAUACAUCAUGACUGAGCUAUGUUGUAAUAUUUGAGACCUCUUGAAAUUACAACCAAUAUUUUGUAUUUAUGAUGAAAAUAUCUCUAUCUUCUCUGCCCCAGGAUGAAAACUUCAAAAUUUAGGCUGAAAAAUAUGUUUCUAUAUCUAUAAAAUAUCUUUCUUUUCAUAUUUACCAGUGCGUCACCUCUGCUUCGCAAAGGCUCGCACUGGCUCUACUAUCCAUAUGCCUCAUUACUUUCCCAUAAUGAUGGCAAUGAAACUCACCGCGCAGUGGCC